AGCCGUUCUCAUUUGCUCUGGACCACUUGUGAGCAUUUGCAGCUGCUCCCAGCACACAGCAGGCCUGUGGUGGGUUCACAAAGGAGAUGGUGAAGAAGGGCAAGGGCGUUGCCGCCGAGACGGCGCCUCCCGCCGAGGCCACCGAGGCCCUGGCGCAGCUCAAGGCCGAUGGCAACAACAACUUCGCCAAGCGGGAGUAUGACACCGCGCUGCGCCUCUACGACGAGGCCCUCAAGCUGGUGCCCGCCGACGCCGCCGACGCCGCACUGCUGCACAGCAAUAAGGCCGCCUGCCACAUGAUGCACAAGCGGUACAAGGAGGCGGUGGCGGAGUGCAGCGCAGCGCUGGACGGCCAGCCCAACUUCUUUAAGGCCCUGAUCCGCCGCGCCAAGGCAUAUGAGCAGAUGGGGCAGCACAAGCAGGCGCUGGCCGACAUGCAGCGGGCCAACAAGCUGGAUGCCGCCACCGAGGACACGCGGGACAGCGAGCGGCGGCUGAAGGACCUGGUGGCGGGCAAGAAGCCGGCGGGCAUGGGCAACGGGCUGGGCAAGAAGGGGCCCUCCUCGGUGCCCACCAAGAACCCGGCCGCCGGCCGCCAGGUCAUCUUCCCGGCCAAGCUGUCCAUGGGGGACGACACCCGCCUGCUCCAGCUGGUGCCGGGUGUGACCUACCUGGAGCUCAUGGAGCAUGUGCGCCAGCUGUACCCCGCCGCGGGGCCCUUUGUCAUCAAGUUUGUGGACAAGGAGGGCGAUCUCGUGACGCUGGCCAGCCGCGCCGACAUCCAGCGGGCGAUGCAGGAGGCGGUGGAGGUGGCGUCGCGCGGCGCGGGCGCGCGCGCGCAGAUCACCCAGCAGAGCCUGCCGCCCAUCCGGCUGCAGGUGGUCAAGGUUGCCAGCGAGGCGGAGGUGCCCAAGAUACCGGAUGAGGAGAUGGCGUAUGUGAAGCAGAUGCUGGCGCAGCUGCAGAAGGCGCAGGAUGCUCAGAAGGCGACGGCCGCCGCCGCCGCGCCCGCUGAGGACGAGGGGCAGCCGCCGCCACAGAUUGACGAGUGGAUCCUCCAGUUUGUCGACCUGCUCAAGGAGCACUGCGGCAUCGACCCCGACAAGCCGCUGGAGUGCCAGGAGGUGGGCCAGGACCGCCUCAACGCCGCCUUCACCGCCAUGAUGGCUGAGGACCCAAAAGCGGAGGAGCUGCUGGACCAGGCGCAGGACAAGUUCGAGGACCAGGUGUGCUACGGCAUGUACAACCAGGCCACGGUGCACCAGUACCGCGCAGAGGCGGUACUGUUCAAGGCGGCGCGCGAGGGCACACCGGGCGCCGAGGUGGCCGAGGCGGCAGAGGCGCACAUCAAGAAGGCGGAGGAGCAGCUGGAGGCGGCCACCGCCUACAAGCGCGCCUUCCUGGACGGCUACCUGGGCAAGUCGGCGCUGGCGCAGCUGCGCGCCAAGCUGGCCGCAGACUACCUCAUCGCCCCCGUCAAGCCGCGGGAGGACAUUGCGGACGCCAAGGAGCGCGCCGCGGCGGAGGAGGCGGCCAACAAGGAGAGCCAGCGGGCGGCCAUGGCGCGCGUGACGCCGGCCAGCGCGCAGGCGGCGGAGCCGCUGUUCGAGGCCGCCUACGGCUUCAUCCAGCAGGCGGUGGCCAACAUGAGCGAGGAGGAGGCGGGCAAGGAGAUCAAGCAGAUGAAGCCCACGGCGGAGCAGGACCCCAGCGACCCGGACAACCAGACCAGCGUGAAGCAGAGCCUGCUCAUCAACCACGGCAAUGCCAAGUAUGAGCACAGCAUCCUGCGCGCGGCGGGCGGGCUGGAGUGGAAGGUGCUGGUGGAGGAGGCGGCGGCCAAGUUCAGGGAGGCGGGCGCGCACGCCACCGACAUCCGCAACGCGCUCAAGGGCCACCCCAUGGCCGAGGAGAUGGCUGACAUCAUCGGCCCCGAGCCGGAGCCGGAGGCGGCGGCGGCGCCCAAGGAGGAGGCGGCGGCCAAGGAGGCGCCCAAGGGGCUGCCCAGCCUGGACCGCAAGGCCAAGAAGAAGGAAAGCGCGUGAGCGGCCUGGCCAGGCUGCGCCGCGGGGCGUCUGGCAGCGCAGCGGGGCAGCCGCGCGCAUGAGCCGGGCCCGGCCGGGCUGAGCCUGUGCCUGCCCGAGCGGCGCGCGGCGGCGGCCCCAGGCCCCCUGCUCUAGUGCUGCGAUGUGCUGCCUCUGCCCCCCUGCUGGUCACCAUCCUCCCGAUAUGCGCAUAGUAGAACCCUCGCUGCACUUGUGUUGCCUCUCUGUGCUGCGCCCGCACCGAGCGGCAGCCCCCCUGCCAGUUUUCCGCCUGCUGCAGUGCGCUCCCGCAGCCAUUGCUGCGGGCGUGGCCGGGCCAUGUCCCCCGCCCUUCAUACUUUUCUCACUGCUCUCUCUCGCUCCACUUUCAUGCUUCUUGCUUCGUCUCGCCCUACUUGCUGCUGUCUGCUUCCUGCUGCCAACACUCUCGGCACACUGCAACCUGCCCCAAGUGCCCGCCUAUGUGGCACACCCCUCCCCACCUUCUUGCUGCCGUGGGCCUGCCACGCAAAAAUUACGCGCCUCCAGCCGUGCCACAGCAGCAGCCCACCCUGCCAGUAUCUUUCAGUGAAGUUGUGUGGUGAAUGUGCACAGUUCAGAACGUUUUUGGGAAGGAGCUGCUGAUUGUGAUGUGAAGGCAGUGCAAUUCACCAUUUGCCA